UUAAUGAUUGUUUCUCUUUCCUAGUCAGCAGAUAAGCAGCGAGCCCUAGAAGAAACCAAAGCCUACACCACCCAGUCCUUAGCAAGUGUUGCCUACCUGAUAAACACCUUGGCCAACAAUGUCCUGCAGAUGCUGGACAUCCAGGCAUCCCAGCUGCGAAGGAUGGAAUCGUCAAUCAAUCAUAUUUCACAAGUUUGGAGAAUUUGGAGGGAAGAUUGAAGAGGCAAAGAAGUGGAGCUGCAGUCAGGUCAAAGAUAAAGAUCACAUGAUGUCUGGAAUGGUAACCGUUGAUAUUCAUAAAGAGAAAGUUGCAAGAAGAGAAAUUGGUAUUUUGACUACCAAUAAAAACACUUCAAGGACACAUAAGAUUAUUGCUCCAGCCAAUCUUGAAAGACCGGUUCGUUAUAUUAGAAAACCUAUUGACUAUACAAUUCUAGAUGAUAUUGGACAUGGAGUAAAGGUGAGUACCCAGAAUAUGAAGAUGGGUGGGCUGCCACGUACAACACCUCCAACUCAGAAACCUCCCAGCCCCCCCCUGUCAGGGAAAGGGACACUUGGGCGGCACUCCCCCUAUCGCACACUGGAGCCAGUGCGUCCUCCAGUGGUACCCAAUGAUUACGUACCUAGCCCAACCCGUAAUAUGGCUCCCUCGCAGCAGAGCCCUGUGAGGACAGCUUCUGUGAAUCAAAGAAAUCGAACUUACAGCAGCAGUGGGAGUAGUGGAGGAAGCCACCCCAGUAGUCGGAGCAGCAGCCGGGAGAACAGUGGAAGUGGGAGUGUAGGCGUUCCCAUCGCUGUUCCUACUCCCUCUCCUCCCAGUGUCUUCCCAGGUCAUCCUGUUCAGUUCUAUAGCAUGAACAGACCUGCCUCUCGCCAUACUCCCCCAACAGUAGGGGGUUCGUUGCCCUAUCGACGCCCUCCUUCCAUCACCUCACAAACAAGCCUUCAGACUCAGAUGAAUGGAGGACCUUUCUAUAGCCAGAAUCCAGUAUCUCUUGCUCCUCCUCCUCCCUCCAUCCUACAGGUAACUCCUCAGUUACCUUUAAUGGGAUUUGUGGCCAGAGUCCAAGAAAAUAUUUCAGACACACCACCCCCACCACCACCUGCGGAAGAGCCAGUCUUUGACGAAUCCCCCCCUCCACCCCCUCCUCCAGAAGAUUACGAAGAGGAGGAGGCCGCCGUGGUGGAGUACAGUGACCCGUACGCUGAGGAGGACCCGCCCUGGGCUCCAAGGUCUUACUUGGAAAAGGUUGUGGCAAUUUAUGAUUAUACAAAAGACAAGGAAGACGAGCUGUCUUUUCAGGAAGGAGCCAUCAUUUAUGUCAUCAAGAAGAACGACGAUGGCUGGUACGAGGGCGUUAUGAACGGAGUGACGGGGCUCUUCCCGGGGAAUUACGUCGAGUCCAUCAUGCAUUAUUCCGAGUGAAGCUCCGCCGCCGUUUCCCUCCAGGAAUAGGCAGGACUUCCCAGACUAUCCCGAGGCCCUGGCCUUCCCCUCAGUGAAGUGAAUGAAGGAUACAAGUGAUAAAAACUACGUAUGUGUUGUUGUUUUCGGUUUAUCCCCCAGUAUUAAAGCAAAAAGCAAACCUAAUUGUGAACAAAUGGAUCUUUCUGUCAUCAUUUGUACUAUGCUGAGCUGUCUGGAUUGAAAUAGUGACCGUUUCUGAAUA